CGCGCGCAGAUCACAAGAGGGCGUGGCGCUGACGGGCGGACGAGGAAAGCUGGCGGCGUUGGGUCGACUUUGGGGUCGUCUGAGCGGCGGCAGUGGUGGAUUUGGGUUAGGUUUGAAGGGGCGCGCGACUGGUGGCGUGCGAUUGGAACCUCGUGUGACUGGAUUGGCAGUGGCAACCACGGGUUGGAUUCAGAACUGGGCACCCCCGUCUGCUCCUUCCCGCUCCAUCUCGACCCGCGUUCAGACGCAGACUCGGGCGGCAGAAGAGCAGUAUCAAGACGCACAGCUGAAGGCCGUGUUGGAGCAGCAUCUGCUUCAACGGAUUCAAACGCACCCUGGUCCAUCCCUUUCACCCUCCCUGUUAAAGUGGGCUGCUGAACAGACGAUCAUGUCGGCCAAACGUGGUGCGCAAGCUGACACCGCUGGUGAUCAGGCUGGCAAGCGACCCAAGCCCGAGGAUGAUGGCCGCCCGCGGCCCAAGAAAUAUGCCUUGCUCAUGGGCUUUCAGGGCACAAGCUACGCCGGCAUGCAACGCAACAUUGGCUUUGAAACCAUCGAAAGCACCCUGUUGCGAGCUCUCCUCGUGACCGGCUGCAUUGACAAAAAUAACUAUGAGACCCCACAAAGCAUGCACUUUCAGCGUUGCGCGCGCACGGAUAAGGGUGUGCACGCCGCGCGUCAGGUUGUGGCCAUGCGCAUGAUCUUGACGGAGAACACGGUGGAUGAGCUGAAUGCCAAGCUCCCGGACGAUAUUCGCAUCUUUGGGGCGUUCCGUACCACCAAGGGGUUCAAUCCCAAGAAUGCCUGCACUGGCCGCCGAUACGAGUACCUGCUGCCUACCUAUGCGCUCAUGCCCAAGGAGAAGGUGCCUGUACCGGAGUAUCGUGUCGAUGAGCCCAAGCUCACCUGGUUUCGUGAGACUUUGAAGCGUUACAUCGGCACCCACAAAUUUCACAAUUUCACCGCCGGCAAAUCUGCCAGCGAUGACUCGUGUCGCCGCUACAUCACCGACUUUACUGUGAGCGAGCCAUUUGAGCGCGAAGGCAUCGAGUGGGUACGCAUUCAAGUCAAAGGCCAAUCCUUCAUUCUUCACCAAAUCCGCAAGAUGAUUGGUUUGGCCGUGGCCAUUGUGCGUGGUCACGUCAAGGAUGACUACAUGGAUCGAUGCUUCAGCGACGAGCGAGUGGAUGUUCCCAAGAUUCCUGGCCUGGGCCUUUUCCUUGACUGCGUGUUUUUUGAUUACUACAACAAGCAGUACAGCAACCAACACCAGAUUCUGGAGUUUGGCGCUUACGACGACGUGGUGGAGAGCUUCAAGGCGGCCAAGAUCCACUCGCACAUUAUUUCGCAAGAAAAGCAGGAGCAGGUGAUUCUGCGCUGGCUCAACCUGCUCUUCAUUCAUCGGUUCAACGCCCUGCCCGAUGACAAGGGUCCCAAGUACAAGGCCGGCCUGCAGUUUGAUGAUGAAGUGGCAAAGAUCGCCGAGGAUGCACGUCAAGCUCUGCAAACCGGCCAGCAGCCCCCAACCACAAAAGAAGUGGAGAAGCGCUUGUUCGGUGACGCUGCCGAGGCCGUGGCAGCCCGGUCUGCCAACCCGCCUACCGAGAAUAGCGGUUGGUCGUGCACCAUCUCCUAAGAUUUUUCUUGUGCACCUCCCUGCCGCUGUGCACAUUGUGUGGUGGGUGAUGCUUUGGCGCGCCCGUCCAAGCCUAAAUCGAUCACAGCACUCG